AUGUCGAUCCCGCCGCAGCUUAUCCGGGUCAAGCGCAAACGGGACGAUGAUGCCCCCGUCACUUAUCUUCAGCUCGAUGAAGGGGCCAAGCGGCACCGCAGCGAGGCAAACUAUGUGUAUCAGCGGCGGGAAUCCAAGGCCACGGCAACAGGCCCUGUGGUUAGCCGCAGUGAUGGCGAGCCGGUGAUUCAUGUCUCGCGGCCAGAGGAUGUCACCUCGCUGGCCAGAACACGCAGCGAUGAACAAAGACCUGCGAAGUGGCAUGCCGAUGGAAAACCUACAGAGCAGCGCAAAUUCCAUGUAUCGCGAGCGAUGCUGGCGCAAGCUUCUGCCACUCCUGGCCCGACCAGCACUGGAUACUCGAAGCAAGUGCGGUUCGGGCCAACCAUCUUUGUCGAGCGUACUGGGCGCAAGAAAAUCAUACCAAAGUCUUCGCGCCAGAGUCUUGUCAUAAAAGACGCUCAGUCUAUCAUCACACAAGACCCCGAACAGGAUACUUUGAUGAGCCACGACCAGCCCAUCGAACGGAGACAUCUGAAGAAACCUGGUGUUGCGAGGCGGCGUGACCCUUCACAAGAGCCCCCGGCUCGUGUCCCUCUUCCGCAGUCCCUAACUCAUCGUCAUACCGAAGAUAUGGAUAAAAUAACUGCCGAUAUGAAUCAGUGGGUGCUCAACGAGAUUGGCGCAAACUUGCACGCCAUGGAUGUGGAAAAGAAACAAGCUGAGAAGCCAAAGUUCAGGCCUAAAGCCCCUGAAAAGAGAUACCAAGAGCGCCACCCUGAAACUGCGGCACCACGGCCAACCCUUACCGAGGAUACAGUAGAUACCCCCAUGGCAGAUGCAAGCGAGGAAGAAGGAGACGACGAAGAAUGGGUUAUCGAAGAGUAUGUUCGCGUCCCAGCUCAUUCUAUGGGCCUCGACGACGAAGUCGAUACCGAGGACGAAUACGAUCGUCACGCUUACAUGUACCGCAAUGCCAAUGCCUCGGAUGAGGAAGAGUUUGAUGACAACGAAUAUGACAGCGAUGAGCUUGUCAUGGAGGGCCAAGACAACGAUGACGAUGACGCAAGAAUGGACCGCAUCCGAGAAUUCAUGAAACGCAACGCCGGCUUUCGAUAG